AUGCUGAAGGCGGUCAAGAUCCUCUGCUGCUGGUUGACAUGCACCUGCCUCUACCAAGCAGGGCAUCGAAAGAGAAUCAUUGUCAACCUCAUGUGUCAAGACAAAUCAGACAGUGCUGCAGACGCAGGAGGGGAGGGGGAUGGUAUCCAGAUUACUAUUCUAAAGAGCUGCACUGUUGCUGCUGCUGGUGUCGUCGCUGCUGUUGCUGCCGUCGCUGCUGUUGCUGUUGCUGCUGUUGCUGCUGUUGCUGCUGUUGCUGCUGUUGCUGCUGUUGCUGCUGUUGCUGCUGUUGCUGCUGUUGCUGCUGUUGCUGCUGUUGCUGCCAUUGCCAUUGCUGGUGCUGGUGCUGUUGCUGCUGCUGCUGCCCGAAUUAGCAACUGA